CCUGCAGGAGGCCGCACCGUGUUGGACGAUAUGUACACAAGCAACCAAGAGAAACUGGAAACCAUCAUGGAGAAGCCUGUACAGAGGAUGACGGACUGGGCCUCUGAGAGGAAGCUCAAACAGUUCUUCCAGGCUUGCAACGACCUCUACACUCGGGAGCAACUCCGAGGCAAGCCCUUCUUGGAGAAAAUUGUGGCGAACGUUGGAGGCUGGGACGGGAUUGGUACGUUUAACGAGUCUACCUGGGAUAUGAACUGGGCCUUGAAGAAAGUACAAACUGACUUCUGGGUGGACGCUCUGUAUGCCCCGCGGAUCGGAGUUAGCUGGCAAGACAGCUCGCGUCGUGACAUCCAGCUGACUCCUGCUGGAACCGGAAAGUGGAUGUACUGGUCCUGGUACACCCACCCUUACGCAGAGUACAUGCGUCAGGACUACAAGAAGUUCAUCAGACGUGUGGGGUCACUGCUCCAGAGAGACGCCAACCUCGCCAGCAUGACAGACGAAGAGAAAGGGAGGCGGCUGGAUCAGUUCGUCAAUGACACUUUCACGAUUGAAUAUAAUGUUGCGUCAAUUGCGAGACAGUCGCAAUUUUCGUAUAAUCACUAUUUGGAGGCCAACAAAGUGUCAUUGGCCGACCUGAACACUGAGACGAACAACGUGAUCAACUGGGUGGACCAGCUCUCAUACAUGUUCAACGCCGCUGGGGUCAACGCCAACACUAGAGUCGUACUUCUCCAAAGAGAUUACUACCGGAACAUCACCGGCAUGAUCACGUCACUUCCGGACGAAGACCGAAAGCGGAUGAUGAGUAAUUACUUCAUCUGGCGAAUGGCGGAGAUUUAUGUACAGGUAUCCUCCAAGCGCCAGUGUACGACAGCGGGCGCCCUCACUCCUCCACCUUCGGCUCUCUGGGUGCUCUCCUUGGGAAAUACCUACACUACAUUGUCGAUGAGUGGGGCCAACAUUACGAUAAGGUGA